UUUCCAGAUGAAUUUUAAUUUUCAAAUUUUGAUUUCAACAGUUUUUAUUGCCCUUGCAUUUUCUGCUGACAGAAAACCUAUAAUCGAUUGUGUAACUGCGUGUAUUCACAAGGAGUCCUUAGCAGAUUGGAACAACUGUGCUCCAAAAUGCUUUUCCAGUUCUCCCGAUAAAAAAGAUGAAAACUAUUUGAAAUGUGAAACAAAAUGUGCUAAACUUCGGUUCACGAUGGAAGAGGAUGAUGCCAAGUUUUCAGAUUUCGAGAAUUGCAAUCAAGCCUGUGUUUACGAUUAUAAUGUUCUGUAAAUAGCGAUUUGUUUUAAAUUAAAAACUACAAAAACUACAAAGACUACAAACUAUGGACAAACGGAAUAAGCGCUUUAUAUAUAGUAAAUGAUUUUGCCCCCUUCAUUAUGUUUUCUGUCAUAAUAAUAAUGAUUUUUUAAAUACAGUGAAAAAGCUUCAAGAAAUACGAUAACAUUCUUUUGAAAACACAAAAUUUGUUCUUGUUUCUGGUCAUUUUUGUGUUAUCUCAUUCAAAUUUUAUUGGCAUUUCUCAUGUUUUGCAGUAAAAUUAGCAUACUUUCAUUUAAUAAAAUAUUUUCAAAUUACACCAAAGGCAGGAACAACCCAUGAUCCAUUUUACGACUUUCUGUGUUUUUAAUGUUAUUUAAUCACAUUUUCUUGUACUUCUUGUAUUUAUUUUGUAUUUUCUACUAAAGUGACUAAGUAGAGCAGAUUAAGUUUUUGUGAUAGCUGCUAAUUCUUAAAAUCGUAAAAAUAAGCGUAAUACAAUUAAUCCA